AUGGCUUCAUCAGAGAUGGACAGAGUCUUCCCAUCUCGUGCUAUUUGCGAUGCAAUAGGUGGUGAAACUUUUGGGUCAACAGAUUUCAGUGUGCUUGAAAAUGUGAGAGAUGCAAUACUAAGGAUGACAUAUUACUGGUACAACUUUAUGCCACUUUCCAGAGGAUCUGCUGCGGUUGGUUUCGUAGUUUUGCUUGGAUUAUUUCUCGCUGCUAAUAUGGAGUUCACUGGGAGCAUUCCAGAAGGUCUGCAGGUGGAUUGGGAAGCCAUUUUGAACUUUGAUCCUAACAAGUUUGUGGAGUCUGUAAAGAGUUGGUUGUAUCCAUCUCUCAAGGUCACUACGUCUUGGAAAGCUUAUCCUGAUGUGGCAUCAACAUUUGAGACAACAGGAUCAGUCAUUGCUGCCUUGAGCUCCUAUCCCAGAGUCCUUACUGAGAGAUAA